AUGACACAACUAAAAAAAAAGUUUAUUAAUUGUGAUACCAAUGAAAAUACAUCUUCACUAUGUGAAGGGACAACUAAUAUUUAUAAUGAGCCAAACAGUGAUGAAUACAGAAAAUGUGAACCCGAAAAUAUAAUCACUGAAUGCGUUACACCGAAAUUUAAAAAUAUGAAUACAAAAAGGGAUAAAAUACGUAUAAAAAUACAAAAAGAUUGGAAUUUAGAAAGUCCAAGAAAUUUAAGAUCAGGAAAAAAAAAUAAAUCUUUUAUUAAAAAUAUAGUAAAGAAAAUGGAAGAUAUAUAUAAAAAUGGGUUGCAUAAUAAAAAAAAAAAUAAUAAAUUAUUAUUUGAUACUCAUUCAAUGAUUUUUCCAAAUGAAUAUUUAAAUGCCGAACCAACUAAUAAUGUAUUAUAUAGACGUAGAACCCCACAUGAAACAUUACUUCGAAGUGAUUUUAAUGGUAUAAAUUUAAAACCGUUUGUUAGGUUUAAGAGUGUUGGAAACUUAGAUAAUAGAAUGAAAAAUAAAGCAAUUAUAAAAAUUUCUAAUAUAAAUCCAUAUGGAAUAUAUGAAAAUAAUAAGGGACUUAAUUAUUUUAAUCCAACAAGUUUGAAUACAUCAAAAUAUAUAAGUAGUAGUAAUAUGGAUACAAAUGGAGGAUAUAUGAAUAAUAGAUGCAUUUAUAAUCAUAUGAAUUGUUUGAGUAAUAGAAUAAAUAGAAAAACGUUGUCAACCAACAGACAUGGAACAUACAUUAAAAGAAAUACAAUGUAUGAUCCUUUUUACAGUAAUCAUAUAAAAAAUAUGAAAUAUAAGGAACUUGGUUUAAAUAGUUGCAAUUCUUAUAAUUUCCAUGACUUGAAAAAGCACAACAAUAACAACAAAACAAAUAAUAAAAUUAACCUAAAAAUAAGAAGUAACGAAGGAAAUAAAGAAGAAUAUUUAGAUGAUAUUUCAGGUGAAAUUAAUAGUAAUAAAAUGCCAUUGUGUGAUCAUAAUAUUAGUUGUUUUAAUAAGGAAAACAUAAGCAAAAAUAAUUUUCCUAAUCAAGAUAAAAAAUUGAGAGCCAAAAUAUCUAUACCUUUAAGUAACUAUAGUAAUCAUAUAGAGAAGAAUGAAGAAAAUAUUUAUAAUUCAAAUUUCAAUAAUGAAAAUAUUAUAAAAAGGAAACAAGAUGUAAAUGAAAUAAAAUUUUGUUAUGGAGACAAUAGUACAGAUAACAGCUUCCAGAAAAAUCAUAACAAUUAUAGGAACAUAAAUUAUUAUAAUUCUGAUCAUCAAUACCAUAAUAAAAAUUCUCGUUUAGGUUUAGAUAAAAAAAAUUCUCAAAUUGCAUAUAACGAAAAUAAUAUAAGAGUCUGUGAUAAUUCACUAAGAAAUGAUAUUAAUUUAAAAUAUGCAUAUAAUGAUAAAAGUUGUUUAUAUAAUGAAAAGAAUAAAAAAAAUAGGAAUUCUUCAAUUAAUCUUAAAAAGAAAGAAAAGAAAAUAUCAAAAGAUAGUAUAAAAGAAAAUGAGAACUUAAACAGUGACGAAGAAAAAAAAUUAUUAAAAAUGUCAGCAACAAAUGAUAAAAUUAACAAUAACAGUUUUGAUAAAUGUGAAAAAGCUUUUAAUGAAAGUCAUACAAGGGAAUUACAUAAAACUUCUUCAAACUCUAGGAAGAAUUUAGAAAAUGACAUUUUUCAUAUAAAUAAUAAUAUAGAUAAUUGUAAAAUUAACAAGUCAUAUGUACAAGUAGAAGAUAAAAAAAGUAGCAGGAUAAGUAAUUUUGAUAAUAAUGAUAGUGAUAAGAAGAUAAUUAAGAAAAGUUUUUCAAAUCAAAUAAAAUCAUCUAAUAAAAAAAUAAUUUUGUAUGGCGAUAUUAAUAACCAUAGAAAUAUGAAAAGUGAUAUAGAUUAUAGAAUAAUAAAAGAUAAAAAUUCAAAAGAAGAUACUGAAAAUUAUAUGGGAAAUAGAAGACGUCUGUAUAGUAAAAAUUAUAUCCAUAAUAAUUCUCAAGAUUAUCCUAUUUGUGAUCAUUCAGUAGAUAGUAAAGAAAAAUAUGGAAACUUGAGAACAAUGACUAUAGUUUCAGAUUGUAAAAGAUUAUGUAAAGAAGAAAAAAAUAAUAAAGAAAAUCCUGUAAAAAAUAAAAAUAAUAAUUCUAAGAAAUAUAGUUUUCAUAAAAAAUCCAAAAUUUACGAUUCAGAAUAUCAUUUAAAUUCAGAUGAAACAAAUUCAAAUUUGGAAAAUUGUAAUAUUUUAGAAUAUAAUAUGAAUAAUAAAUACAAGUUAUCUGAUACAAAUAAUAAGAUAAAUUGUGAAAAAAUGCAUAAAUCUUCCCAAAUUUCGAAAAAAAAUAAAAGAAAUUAUUGUGACUUAAAACAAGUAAAAUCAAAUAAAGUAUAUCAUAAUAGAUUAUUAGAAAUAGAAGAUAAAAAAAAUAGAAGUGGAAUAAAUUCGUACAAGUAUGAAAAUGGAUACAAGAACAGUAAUGAAAUAAUUGACUAUAAUUCAAGAAAAAGUAGAACCAAAAGUUCAUUAAAAAAUAAAUUAAAUAAGGCAAUAACUUUGAAAAAUAAGGAAAGUAGCAGCAAUGAAAGUGAUUACAACAACGAUUAUAACAAUCACCCAAAUAGGGAGAUAGACGAAAAAAACAUAUAUGCAAAAAAAAAUUUUAAAGAUAAUACUCACUCAAUGAAAAUAAAAAAAAAAAACAGUAAAAGAUCAAAAAGUGAAAAUUUUUAUGACUAUAAAGCAAUUAAAGACAAUAAUGAUUAUUAUUCAAGUGGUAGCAUCAACAGCAUUUUUGAAGAAAAAAUUGAUGGAAGUAGUAAUUGCAGCCAUAAGGCAAUAUCUAAUUCAUUUGAAAAAAAAAAAUCCAAUACAAAAAAAGUAUCAAACGAAUCUCCUUAUGGAUUCAGUAUAUAUUCCUCAAAAAAUAGAACAAACACUGUGCAUAAUUUUAAACAUAAAGAAACAGAAAAUAAAAGAAACGGUGAAAUAAUAGAUGAAAAUAAGAAAAAUGGUUAUUAUUAUUUAAAUAGUAUCAAAAAAAGUAAAACUAAAUGUUGUUCAUGUGAUGACUUUAUAGAAAAAGAAAAAAAUGACAUAUCAUUAGGAAAAAUUUCACGAAGAAAAAUUAAAGGUAUAAAUAACUUAGAUUAUAGUAGUAGUUCGUCGAAAGGAGAAAGUUUACAAUCUUCAGAACUUUCAAAUAUUUUAACAGAUGAAGACUACGAAGAAAUUAAAAAAUCAAAAACUAAAAUUCCAAACAGUAAAAGUAAUAAAAUAAAGUUGUCUACACUCUCAAAUAAAUCACAAAGUAUAUCUAACAUUAACAAUAUUGAAGUACAACAUAGUCUCUGUCCUGAGAAAAAUUCCAAAAUAAAUAAAAAAAAAUCAUCAGUUAAUUCAAAAAGAAGCUAUAUAACAAACAAUAAAGAUAGUAGUUCUCAUUACUAUUCAAAAAUAGGUAAAAUGAAUUCUAAAUAUAGCCAUUAUUCAACAAAUAAAUGUUUAAGGAAGAAUAAUGAAAAAAAUAAUAGAGAAUCAAGUUAUAAUUCUGAAAUCAAUACUAAUUUUAAUAAUGAUUUUGAAAUAAAGUCACAAAAUCGUAAAGUUUUUAAAAAUUUAUCCAAACAUCAUUAUCUUAGAAAUGAGAGCAAACAAAAUAUUGUGAAAUCUUUAAAUAAUGAAAAUAUAAUUGGAGAAAAUUUAGAUGAUAUGCAUAACAAUAUUUGUAAACACUCUAUUUUAGGAAGCAAACAUUCAUCAGAAAAAAUAAUAGAGACUUAUUCAUUCAAUGAUAGAAAUUCUAGUGCAUAUUCAAAAAAUUCUAACAAGAACUCUAACAAAGAUUAUAUAAAUGAUAAUAUUAGUAAUAAAUUAAAUAGUAAUUCUAAUUAUACCAAUACAAAUGAUAAUAAAAGAGCAUAUAAUAAGAAUAUUUAUAAUAAUUCAUAUGCAAAAGAAAAUAUUAUAAAAGAAAAAGAAUUUAACAAUAAUAGCAGGGAUAGUAAAGAGAACAAUUACUUUACAUCUGAACUUGAUAAUGAAAACAAUAGUAGUAUAAAAUCUAAAGAAAGUAUAAAUAAUAAUAACAUGUAUGUAAAUACAUAUGAAAUUUACAAAUAUAACACAUUGGAUAAAGUAGACAGUUAUAUAAGCGAAAAAUCAAGUUCGAAAGUACCUUAUGCAUGUAAUGAUGAAGAGCUUUAUAACAGGAAAAUUGAUUCUCCAAAAUUAAAAAUAAAAUCAAAUGAUAAGGAUGAGUUUAUCAGAAGUAAAAGAACAAACAGUAAUGGUAUUUAUAAAGAAACUCCUUAUUUAAAAGGAUCAAAGAAGUUUUGUGAAUUUAUGAAUAAUAGAAAAGAAGAUAAAAAUAUACCCCAUGAAAAAAUGAUUAACAAUACAAAAAGGGAAUAUUCACAGUUAAAAAAUAUUGACCAAUCAUUAGUUUCAUUUCCAGAAGACUGUAGUUCACUGAAAAAUAUUAAAAAGAAUUAUUUAAAUAAUGAAGAUUAUGACAAUUGUAGCAAUUAUGACAAUGACUCGAAUGUAGUAUUAUACAGAGAAAAAAAGAAAAUGCAUGACUCAUUAUACAGUGCGCAUAAUAAUAGUGUAAACAAAGAUAUUUCUUUUCAAAAUAAAAGAAAUGAAUCUUCAAUAAAUUUACCAUAUGAAAAAAAUACUAUUGAAUCGACAUAUGAAAAUAAAAAAAAAUACAUGAAUGUGGAUAAUUUUCUAAAAAAAAGUAAUUUUUCAACUGAAGAUUUGAAUUCCAGAAAAUCAAAAAAAAAUAGAAGUUACGAAAAAGACAUUAAUUUGGAAUGUACGGAAAAUUUUUCUAAUUUCUCGAAGACUAAUAGAAAUAUAAUAGAACAUAAUAAAAGUUAUGGGAAUAGCUAUUACAGUAGUACUAAUCUACCACAAAAAAAAAUAACUGGUGAAUAUAAAGAACAAAAAAGCAUUAAAUGUAAUAUAUCACCUAAUAAUAUGAAUCAUAAGAAAAAAAAUAAUGGAAGUAACUUUUUAUAUAAUAGUUCAGAGUAUAUGAAAACUAGUAAUAAUGUGUUAAAUCUAUGUAAUCAAGAUAAUAAACAAAAUAAUGCAGAAAUAACUGAAAACGGUUCUCUACUAAAUAAAGAUAAGAUAUCAAUGAUGAACACAAAAUCUUCUGAAUUGCUUGAAAAGAAAAACAGAAAAAAGGGAUAUUAUACAGUAAGUUCUGAAUAUUAUAAUAAAAAUAAUUUAAGUAAAAAUUAUAAAUUAAAUUUGAGGGAUGAAAUAACUGAGUCAUUAUAUGAUUGUAAUGGAACUAGUGAUGAUAGAAAUUUGAAAAGAGAAUCCAAUUAUAUAAGUCCAUCAUGUACCUCAAGAAAACAAUAUGAUGAAGAAACAUUACAAAAAAUAAAAAGAACAAUGUCACAAAGGAGUAUAACAGGUUCAACCAAAAGAGAAAAUAGAAAAAAGCAAAAUUAUUUUAGUACUGAUUAUAAUAAUAUGGAUAAUUUAAAUAAUGAUUAUAAUAAUUUGCAAAAAAAUUAUAAUUGUCAUUACAAUAAUAAUGUUAGCGUUAAUACAAAAAAUGAAUCAUUACCUGAUAAUUAUUUAAAUACAUUUAAAAGAAGUAAAUCAUGUAAUCUUCGGGAAGACAAAAAUAAUUAUAUAAGAAAUUAUAUAGAUGAAAAUAAUAAUUCUCUAAAUUAUUUUCAUUCAUCAGAAGAUCAUAGAUCAAAUAAAAACUGCGAUAUUCUUCCAAAUAACAAUAAAAAGGAAAUAUAUGAAUUAAAUGAUAGGUACAAUAAUAGCGGAUUUUCAAAAAAUAAUAAUGCAAAUGAAAGUACAAAAAAUUAUAAAGGCUCAUUUAAUAGGAGAUUUUCUAGUGAAAAUUCUAAAAAAAAAAGGAAUGAAAUUAUUAAUUGUAAAAGUGACGAAUCUCUAUACUCAAAAAGUGAAUCAGAAAAUAAUUUCAAUUUAUUUUAUGUAGAAAGACUAUCUUAUAAAAAGGGUCUCAGUGCUCUAUUACCAAAAAUUGUUGAUGCACAAAAAAGAAGAAAGCAUCAGUGUAACAAAAAAAAUCCAGAGAAUGAUAAUGAAAGUAAAAUUCAGUCACAUAAUAGAAAUGAUCAUUCAAACAGAAAAUAUAGAAGUAUGGAAAAUAUUAAAAAUGAUGAUAUCAAAAAAAAAAAAAUAUACGAAGAUAAUAAUGUGAGUAUUUCCUCAUAUAUAAGUAAUGAAAAUAAACAAAAGCUAAUAAAUGCUCAUAACAUCUCAGAUCAAAAUGAAAAUUCAACCUUUCAUGAAAGUAUGAAGAUGAAUAACUUGAGAGAAAUAUAUAGAACCAAAAUGAAUCAAACAAUAAAUCAUUCUAAUAAUAAUAUUUCAAAAGAUUCAAGAAGUUUACAUUUAAAAAAAAAUAAUAAUAUUUCUGAAAGAAACAGUAAUUAUUCAAAGAAUUAUAUUAAUUCUAAGAACACAUAUAAAACUAGAAAUUCAAAGGAUAAUAAUACAUUUGAAAAUAUAAAUGAAAAUAAGAAUAAUUCAAAAUAUAACAUUAGUUUUAAUAUAGUUGAAGAUGAUACAAGAUCGCAAGUGAUAUCAAAUGAAAAUGAUAGUAAAAUAAAUAAUAAUUUCAAUUCAUCACAAAUAGAGAUUAACAACCAAAUAAAAACAAGUAUGAAUGAUUAUUUUAAUAACCCUAUUGAGAGUAAUUAUAGCUUAAAUUCCAAGAAAAGAGAAGUAAAAAAUCCAAGAAGAAAAAAUGAAGGAUUAAAUAUUCAUGCUUCUAAUUCAAAUAUAAAAAGAAUUUCUAAUAAUGGAGAGUAUUUUAAUAAAGAAAAUGAAAUUUUAUCAAAAAGUUUUUAUUCCUAUAUAAAAAAAUCUGAAAAUAAUGAUAGUAUUAAUUUAGAUUUAGUAAAUACAAAUUCUCUAAAUAAGUCGACAAAAAAUUUUAAUUCAGAAAAAAUUAAUUCAAAACAAAUAAGCGAUAAUCAUACUGUAUAUUCUUAUAAAAACAUUAAUAAAGAAGAUAAUUUUAAAGAAAGUAUUUCAUUGAAUGAUAAUAUGUUAUAUGAAAUGAAAAGGACAAAUAAUGAAGAGUCUUUAAAUAAUAAUUCAAGUUCUUAUGAAAUAGAAGAGAAAACAACACCUAGUAAAAACUAUAGCAUAUUACCGAAUGAAGAAGAUAGAGGAAUACCUUAUAUUAGCUCAGAUAAAAAAAAUUCAUUAAAAAGUGAUGUAAUUCAAAUAGUAGAAAAAGAAAAUCCAACUCAAGUAAUAAGCUAUGAAGAAAAUAUAAAUACAAAAAGCAUUUAUGAAAGUAAUAGAAACAAAGAGAAUAAUCCUAUAACUCAAACAAAGAGAAAGACAAAUGAAAAUUUAAAUGUAUCAGAAUUUCCAGAAUUAUUUAAUUUAAAUGAUUUAAAAAUAUUAAAUGAUAAAAAUUCCACAAAAAACAAAAUAAAUUCAACAAAUCAUCAUUUAUAUAGUAUGAAUAAUGAUAAUAAUAAAAGCUCGCAUGGAAAUUCGCUUAAUGGUAUUGUAGGUAUAGUUAAGGCAAAUGAAUAUAUGAAAAAUCAGUUAAAUUAUUAUCUGGAAAACGAUAAUGAAAUAAAUAAAAAUUCAAAAACAAAUUCAAAAAAAAUAGAGUCAAAUAUAAAUAUUAAAAAAAAAACUGACAUUUAUAAUAGUAACAUAGAAAAUUCUGAUAUUCCUUCACCUCGUAAAGGCAUAAAUGAUUCUAAGGAUAAUAUAUUCGAUAAUAUUAAUAAUGAAAAAAAAAAUAUAAGCUUUUUAUAUGAAGAAGGUUCUAAAAUAUCUACAACUAAUUUAAAUAAGAUUAAAAAUGAAACUAAUAAUAGUAAAGUUGUGAAUACACCAUAUUCUUCAUUAAAUAAUAAUGAAAGCAUAAAUUCAUAUGGUACUUUAUAUAAUUUAAAUAAUAAUAACACAAUUCAUUAUCAAAAUGAGAAUAAUAGCAUUCAUAAUGAAAUUUUUAGUAAUAUUAAAGUCCCCAGUAAUAACGGAAAUAGUACCUGUAAUAUGGCCUUUACUCAUAAUAGUAUUCCUAUUACUAAUAAUAUUCCUGUUAAUAAUGGCAUUCCUAUUACUAAUAGUAUUCCUGUUAAUAAUGGCAUUCCUAUUACUAAUAGUAUUCCUGUUAAUAAUGGCAUUCCUAUUACUAAUAGUGUUCCUGUUAAUAAUGGCAUUCCUAUUACUAGUAGUAUUCCUGUUAAUAAUGGCAUUCCUAUUACUAAUAGUGUUCUUGUUAAUAAUGGCAUUCCUAUUACCAAUAAUAUUCCUAUUAAUAAUAGUAUUCCUAUUGCUAAUAAUAUUCCUGUUAACACACGUAUAGAUGUUAACAGCAAUGCUCCUAACAUUUCAUUAUGGAAUAAUGGAAUAGAUAAUUCUUUUUGUUUGAAUGGAGGAGGAAAUAUAAUAAAAUAUGUUCAUGCUAAUGAAAAAAAAAAGAAUAAUUUGAAUAAUUCAGGUAUAAACAUUUUAAGAAAUUAUCAAUUGAAUAAAAAUGACAACAUCACUAUUUAUGACAACUUAAAUAAAAAUGAAACCUCAUAUAAUAAUCAUUUAACUAAUAAAACUUAUAACAACAAUAAUCUAAUAAAUAAAAAUAUUUUUAAUGGAAAUAUGAUUAAUCAAAAGUCAAUUAUAUCUACACCUGCAAGCCAUAAAAAUUUAAAUGAUCAACACAUGGCUAAUUAUAAUUUAAUAAAUAAUAAUUGUUUAAGCAGAAUGUGUUAUGAUAAUAAUGCAUUUAGUACAAUUAAUAUAAAUAAUCAAAAUUUAAGUAAUAAUUUAGUUAAUCAUAAUUUGAAAAAUAAUGAUAUAAAUAGUAUUUUAGUGAAUAGAAAUAUGAGUUACAACAGUAGUGCUUCUGCAGUUAAAAAUAGUUCUAGUUGCAACAACGUACUUAGUGAAAAUUUAUAUAAAAAUUAUUUAGUUCAAAAUAAUCCAAAUAAAAAAAAUUCAGUUAAUUGUAGUUUCACUAAUUUAAAUAAUAACCAACUACCUAAUGGCAAUGUUAAUAAUCAAAGUUUAUGCUACAUCAGUAAUGGGAAACCAAUCAUGACUAAUAUAACUAAUAUGGAUAAUCAUCAUUUAAAUAAUAAUAAUUCAAUGAAUAAUAUAGGUAAUUACAUUUUAUAA